GUGUCACGACCAAGCUAAUAAGAGCUGCAUAAAGACGGCAGGAGACUGGGUCUGCGGCGCCCUGGUCUCCAGUUUUGAUGGCAUUUGGGACCACGAAAAACCACCAUUUUAGAAUCAAGCUCGAAAGGGAUAAGACACCACCCCCGGAUUCCCAGCCAAUGCCCCGCCUUCCACUCCAGAGGUCCGGAAGCGGAUGUGAUAGAUACGGAAGUAGCCUGCUGUUGCCGAGGGGACAGCACGGGCAGAUGCCAACAUGGCAGCGGUUGGGGUUGGCGGAUCUACCGCGGCGGCCGGGCCAGGGGCCGUGUCCGCGGGCACGCUGGAACCUGCGUCCGCAACAGCGGCUCACCGGCGCCUCAAGUACAUAUCCUUAGCUGUGCUGGUGGUCCAGAAUGCCUCCCUCAUCCUUAGCAUCCGCUAUGCUCGCACACUGCCUGGAGACCGCUUCUUCGCCACCACUGCUGUGGUCAUGGCCGAAGUACUCAAAGGUCUCACCUGCCUACUGUUGCUCUUCGCACAAAAGAGGGGUAAUGUGAAGCACCUGGCUCUCUUCCUCCAUGAGGCUGUCCUGGUGCAAUAUGUGGACACACUUAAGCUUGCGGUGCCCUCUCUCAUCUAUACCUUGCAGAAUAACCUCCAGUAUGUUGCCAUCUCCAACCUGCCUGCUGCCACUUUCCAGGUGACAUAUCAGCUGAAGAUCCUGACCACGGCGCUGUUCUCCGUGCUCAUGUUGAACCGCAGCCUCUCACGCCUGCAAUGGGCCUCCUUGCUGCUGCUCUUCACAGGGGUGGCCAUCGUCCAGGCACAGCAAGCUGGUGGGGGUGGUCCGCGGCCACAGGAUCAGAACCCUGGGGCGGGCCUAGCAGCUGUUGUGGCCUCCUGUCUCUCCUCAGGCUUUGCAGGUGUCUACUUUGAGAAGAUCCUCAAAGGCAGCUCAGGUUCUGUGUGGCUACGUAACCUACAGCUUGGCCUCUUUGGCACAGCGCUGGGCCUGGUGGGGCUCUGGUGGGCUGAGGGCACUGCUGUGGCCCGUCGAGGCUUCUUCUUUGGGUACACACCAGCUGUCUGGGGUGUGGUACUAAACCAAGCCUUUGGUGGGCUCCUGGUGGCCGUUGUCGUCAAGUAUGCCGACAACAUCCUCAAGGGCUUUGCCACCUCCCUGUCCAUUGUGCUGUCUACUGUUGCCUCCAUUCGCCUCUUUGGCUUCCACCUGGACCCAUUAUUCGCCCUGGGCGCUGGGCUCGUCAUAGGUGCCGUCUACCUCUACAGCCUUCCCCGAGGUGCAGUCAAAGCCAUAGCUUCCGCCUCUGCCUCUGCCUCUGGGCCCUGCAUUCACCAGCAGCCUCCUGGGCAGCCGCCGCCACCACCGCAGCUGUCUUCCCGAGGAGACCUCAUCACGGAGCCCUUUCUGCCAAAGUUGCUCACCAAGGUGAAGGGUUCGUAGCUGCUGGAAUUGAAGACGCUGGCCUGCCUUCCUUCUCCCUUCUUGCCCUGGCCCAGCUGGGACUAAACUCUUUAUCAGUAUUAGGGGUAGGGUAAGGUAGAUGUGGGAACUCCCUGGCCCCACCAACCCUGCCCCACACAGGGCUGCCAUGACUAACCUCUGUUAAUGGGCCCACCUCAACUCCUGCUAUCUUUGCAGUAUUUCUUAGGUGAGUUUCUGCAAAUAAAACUAUGUUUUGCAUCUUGUCAACUUGCGUUGGAAAGCCUGGAGAGAAUGAAGAAAGGAAGCCCUCAAGCCUCUCGGACAUGAUCCACAAAAAAAAAAGCUUUUAUUAAAACCAAUAAGGGAGCUGGGCAUGGUGGCGCAUGCGCCUUUAAUCCCAGCACUCAUGAGGCAGAGGCAGGCAGA